GGAACACACUUGUUGGAAAUUGAGAUCGAUUUGUUAGACUGUGUCUGUAAACUUGAUUGCCGCGAAGAUUGCACAAUUUUCCACUGCAUCGAACGUCAAGAGAGAGAGAGAGAGAUCUUAGAAGAGUGAAAGUUUCUGACUUUAUUUCAUCCGGGAAAUCUUGGAUUUAGAGGGGGUGAGAUCGAGCUCUGUCUGUGUGAGAUGAAUUAUUCUUAAAGAAGGAAAGAAAGAUGCGUAGAGAGAUCUCGUUUUUGUUACAGCCCAGGUGCCUUCUUCUCCUCGUUGCCCUUACUAUCUUCCUCAUCUUCGCGCUCUUCAACACCGGCAAGGAGGAAGAGAAGCAAGUAAUCCAGAAUUUCGAAAUUACACACAGAGUGUUUCUCGAUGUUGAUAUCGACGGCCAACGCUUAGGCAGGAUCGUUAUUGGAUUAUAUGGCACUGUUGUACCCAAAACUGUAGAAAAUUUCAGGGCAUUAUGCACAGGAGAGAAGGGUAAAACUUCGAAUGGAAAGCCUCUACACUAUAAAGGAACACCAUUUCAUAGAAUAAUAUCUGGAUUCGUAAUCCAAGGAGGAGACAUCAUCCAUGGUGAUGGCAAAGGGAGUGAGUCAAUCUAUGGUGGUACCUUUCCUGACGAAAACUUCAAGAUUAAGCAUGCACAUGCCGGUGUUGUAGCCAUGGCUAAUACAGGACCUGAUUCUAAUGGCUCACAGUUCUUUAUCACUACUGUCAAGGCUAGCUGGUUGGAAGGGGAACAUGUUGUGUUUGGGAAGGUGAUACAAGGAAUGGAUAAUGUAUUUGCCAUUGAAGGUGGAGCCGGUACUUAUAGUGGCAAACCGAGGAAGAAAGUUGUGAUUGCUGAUUCUGGAGAGAUCCCUAAAGACAAAUGGGAUGAAGAAAGAUGACAAAAGAGACAACAUAAAGCUUCCACAUCUCAGCAAAUCUUGGUUCUGUUCCUAUGAGAUCAUGUCUCUCUCUUUUUAUUUAUAGUUUUGCAGAUGUGAUGAUCUGAAUUCUGAACACAAUGCCCAGUGUAGUUAGUGUUUUAAAGCUGGACGCAUCUGUAGCUCUUCACUUCAGUUUUUUUUCUCAUGAAUUUCAGUAUACUUUAUUUAUAUAAUUUUUAGCUCAAU